AUCGACUGCAUCUGGCUACUAUGUGUGUGUGUCGUGUAAACUGUGUUAGUGGUAUUGCGUUUCGGUGUUAUGCUUAUAAUUCCGCAUUAUAAUAUCUAAAUAAGCAAAGAAUAUGAUGAAAUCUAUACCCGAGAGGUGGUUGGAAUAUAAACCCUAUGGCACAGUGAUCAGUGGUACAAAAAUUCUUCCCUUUAAAGUUCCAUUGAAAGAGGCACUGUGCAACAAGCUAGAGCCGGAAGAACGAUUUACAACGUCGGUACUACUUGAAGCAUUUCCACGGCUCAAGUACAUCAUCGACUUGACAAAUACGGAUCGUUACUAUGAUAAACAGGAAUUUACAAACUCUGGUGUCAAAUAUGAAAAAAUUAUGGUUUAUGGCCGGGAAAUUCCCUCCGUGGACUUGGUGAACAGAUUCUUUAAAACGAUGGAUGAUUUUAUGUCAGCUUGUGGUGAAGACGAUAUUGUGGGAGUUCAUUGUACUCAUGGCGUAAACCGUUCGGGAUAUCUUAUUUGUAGGUAUCUUGUACAGCAAUUAGGUUGGGAAGUUGAUACCUGUUUAAAAGCAUUCGAAGAGGCUCGUGGCUAUCAGAUCGAGCGUAAAAACUAUAUAAACGCGUUGCAGAAAAUACCACACGAGAAAAGCAAAACGGGUAAAGUCAAAGCGCGACCGAGGGAUUGGCUUCCACUCCCAACCCAACCAUAUACGAUGGGGCCGCCAGGUCUCGUACCACCGCGACGCGGUUUCACAAAAGACGGCCCAUUUUCGUUGCCACAUUUCGGUUUUGGCGGUCCGCCAGCAGGCUUUCGUCCUAUGCUACCUCCACCUGGCAUGCCGUUGGUACCACCGCCACCAGGUCCUUCGUCUAUGUACGGACCGAGGUCAUUCAGGUACAGACCGCCACUGCGACCAGCCAUGUGUCCACCGCCACCUCGACCAGGUUUUGCAUUCCCUAUUCCAGGUUUUCCGCCACCAUGUCCGUCCAGAACACCCGCUGGAAGGUUACCUCAUGUUCCACCAACUCGGUUACCACCGCCAAAAAUCCCUCCACAUCCCCUUCCACAUUCUUCGUCAACGCAACCUGUCGUUUUGAAGCGAUUGCAAGGGCAAAAACGAAAGUCGCAUGUACGAAAUGGCAUUGUGUCGCUGUCUAGAAAUCCCGCCGAUGUUAGUAGGCAAAAUAGCCAAAUGAGUAGGAUAAUACCGAAGUUAGUGAAAGAACAGGACUUCACGGUAGAUACGUUCGAAGAAAAUUUGCUCGCCGUCUCGACUCAAUCGAACAGGCGGCCAACGAAAGGAAAAUUCAAUCAAACCAAGUGACGACGUGCCAUUUAGGAGUCAUGAUACGUUUACUUAAACGUUCAACAUCCCGUGUAAUUCGCUGUUACCGAAAUUCGCAGUUUUCUGCGAUGGUUUCGUUAGCCAUUAAAGGAAUAAGCAGUUGCGAGAAUGGACAACGGCUACUAAUUAACAUGACUAUGGAAAUUUGUCUGACUUGGACAGCAAAGAAGCAUAAAGAUAUACUUUGAGUGUGUUUAUAUGAAAUGUGAAAACUUGUACAGCACGAUUGAUGGCCAUCUUACACGACUCCCUUUUCUCCUUACCCCAUGCAACAUGUUCCUUGACACUAUUUUGACGAGUACCUUCAUCAUUUCUGAGAAUAAAUACACUUUGUCGAUGAUAUUAUUAUGAUCCAAUCCAUCACCAUUCUCCUUCUGUAAUUAAUUAUUUAAAUAACUCAUGUCCGAGAAUUAUGAUCUAGUACUUAAUUGACCACAAACGAUUAUUGCUAUCAUUAAUUCCGACUUGAAAGAUUACAGUUCGAUCUCUGUGCUUAGUUUUAGAGUGAAAAUAAAUCUUUCGGGCAGAAUUAGCCUUAAGUACGGUAUCUGCAAACACUGUAUAUUAUAUCUUUAAAUACGUGUAGACAAUUCAAACGGCUCGCUAAUUAUAUUUUAUCACUGCAAAUACGAUGAAUCCUUAAUUUCUCGACCGGCUUGUUUCCUUGCAAAUCAUUUCAAGCGACCUUCUUUUAAAAAAUCAAGUUUUUUAUUAAGGACUACUUGUUUAUUAUUAUUGACUAGUAAUGAUUAUGGUAAUAAAAGAUUAUCGUAUACUAAGGUAUAAUAUAUUAGGUUUAUUACUUAUUUCGUAGAUAAUAAUGUAUUUAUCUCUGUACAGUUUAAAUCUCAAGCAUAUUAACUUGAAGAUGUUUCUGACCAAGAGUUUUUGUAAAUACUGUGCUGCAAACAUUUAUUUUCAUUCUAUAUUUAACAUAAUAAUCGUGCUAUUUCUUCGUAAAUCAUUCCAUAUUAUGAUCUUUGUGUGUAAUUCGACCCUUUCAUAUUUUUCAUUAAUUGUAUCGUAUGUUAAUAACGGUAAGAAACAAUGUGAUGAGAAGAAGAAUUUCUACUUGAUUUCCUUAGCGUCGUUGGCGUUUGCAUUCUGUAAAUCGAGUACAGUAAAUGUAAUUUCUCGUUGUAAAUCAUGAAGAUUAAGAAAAUUUUUUGUUAGAAAGUAUGUGACACGAUCAAUGUUAUUAGCAAUGUCACGUAAAGACAAAAGCAGCUAUUCUUUGUUCAAUAAGAUAGAGCUUAAAUUGUUUGAAAAGUAAAACUCGAGGAGCUUUACUAGCUUUUCUAGCUUUUCGUAGUAUUUGAAAUAACUCGUAUGUAUAAUUAAAUACGGAAGAUAAAUAACACGUUAAAAUUAA